AUGGCCGUCCAUUCCAGGGACGAGGCAUUGAUGUGCAAAGUGUUUCCGUCCAGUUUGGGACCUAUGGCGAUGAGAUGGUUUGACAGCCUCAAGCCAAACUCCAUAAAUUCCUUUAAGCAGCUAACACAGGCUUUCGGUUCUCGCUUCAUAACGAGCAGCAGGGUUCCUCGGCCUUUAGAUUCCCUCCUGUCCUUGUCCAUGCGAGAAGGAGAGACCCUGAAGGCCUACUCGAACAGGUAUUGGAAGAUGUAUAACGAGAUAGAGGGAAAUUACAAUGACGUCGCCAUCAGCACAUUCAAGAGGGACCUACCAACAGAGCAUGGUUUAAGAAAGUCCCUGACUGGGAAACCGGUCACCAGCGUGCGCCAACUCAUGGACCGAAUCGACAAAUACAAGAGAGUCGAAGAGGACCAACAGACGGGAAAGGGCAAAGCGAAGGUUGUCCCUCAGGAGAGGAGGGACUUUAGGUCAGACCGCUUUAACAACAAUAACCGGCCGAGAAGGGAUUACUUGGAGCAGUCUGGAUCCAUCGGGGCACAGGCAGUCCAUGCUGUGUUCCGAGAACCAUUACAUAAGAUCCUAGAAAAAGUGAAGAACGAACCGUUCUUUCAAUGGCCAAGUAGGAUGGUAGGCGACCCUGCGAAACGUAACCAGAACCUAUAUUGCGAAUAUCACCAAGAACCAGGCCACACCACCAAUGACUGCAGAAAUCUGAAAAACCACUUGGACUGGCUGGUCUGA